GCCCGGCCCGGCGCGGGGCUGAGGGCGGUGGUGUAGCGGGCGCCAUGGCGAACCGGACGGUGAAGGAUGCGCACAGCAUCCACGGCACUAACCCGCAGUACCUGGUGGAGAAGAUUAUCCGCACCCGCAUCUACGAGUCUAAGUACUGGAAGGAGGAGUGCUUCGGGCUGACGGCCGAGCUGGUGGUGGACAAGGCCAUGGAGCUGAAGUACGUUGGGGGAGUCUAUGGUGGCAACAUUAAGCCUACGCCGUUCUUGUGCUUGACGCUGAAGAUGCUGCAGAUCCAGCCCGAAAAGGACAUCAUCGUGGAGUUCAUAAAAAACGAGGACUUCAAGUACGUCCGAAUGCUGGGUGCGUUGUACAUGAGGCUGACAGGCACUGCCAUUGACUGCUACAAGUACCUGGAACCCCUGUACAAUGACUAUCGGAAAAUAAAAAGCCAGAACAGAAACGGGGAAUUCGAACUGAUGCAUGUGGAUGAAUUCAUUGAUGAAUUACUCCACGAGGAACGUGUAUGCGACAUCAUUCUGCCUCGAUUACAGAAACGAUACGUCCUGGAAGAAGCUGAGCAACUCGAGCCUCGUGUCAGUGCUCUGGAAGAAGACAUGGAUGAUGUAGAAUCUAGCGAAGAGGAGGAAGAGGAAGAUGAAAAGCUGGAACGAGCACCAUCACCUGACCACCGCAGAAGAGGCUACAGAGACCUGGACAAACCUCGCCGAUCUCCUGCUGUGCGGUACAGGCGGAGCCGGAGCAGGUCUCCAAGAAGGCGAAGCCGCUCUCCAAAGAGAAGGAGCCCAUCGCCACGCCGAGAGAGGCAUCGCAGCAAAAGCCCGAGGCGACACCGGAGCAGAUCCAGGGAGAGGCGGCACAGAUCGAGAUCUAAAUCUCCAGGUCAUCAUCGUAGUCACAGACACAGAAGUCAUUCCAAAUCACCUGAAAGAUCUAAGAAAAGUCACAAGAAGAGCCGGCGAGGGAAUGAAUAACAGACUAUAUCCAGCCCACAGUUCAGGGACCUUGAACUGCAGUCAAAUACUGUUCUAUCUGCAUUAUGGGACAGCUGGAUAUGUACUGACUGCUUUAGCAGUCCAUUCCUUUAAUCCUCCUUCUGUACAAGUCCUGUUUGUUUGUUUGUUUUUAA